AUGACAGUUAUUUAUUCAUUAUCAAUUAAUUAUCGAACAAAUACUUAUGAACCAAUUAUUAUUCUGUGUUGGAUUUUAUUUUUUGCUUCAGGAAUGCUUGUUACUCAAAGAUACUAUCCGACAGGUUUAUUUGUGUUUGCAUGGCUAGGUAUUAUUAAUAUAAUUGUAAUGUGUAUUAUUGCCGUAUUCAUUACAGUUGAAAUCAUAAUAAUAACUUCUCAACCAUCUAAACAUAUUAUUCAAAUACCUUUUACUGUAAUUCCAAUAGUUACAUGUUUAACAAAUGUUAUUCUUAAUGCAAUUAUCGUUAUAUUUUCAUUUAAACUAUCAUCUUUAAUUAUGAAAAAUACAAAGUCAAAUGAUCCUAAAUGA